AGCGCGAGGGGAGCGAGACCCUGGCCGGGCAGGAACCCGGAUUCGCGGGGAGGAGGGUUGGGAGGAGGGGAAGGCUGAGGAGAAAGGAGGGGGAGCGGGAGGAGCGGCUGGGCCUGGGGCCUAGAGGCCGGGAGAGCCGGGAAGCCGGGCCGGCGCGCCGAGAUGCUGCUGCUGCUGCUGCUGCCGUUGCUGCCGCCGCUCUUCCUCCGGCCCCCGGGCGCGAGCGGGGCGCAGACCCCCAACGCCACCUCAGAAGGUUGCCAGAUCAUACACCCGCCUUGGGAAGGGGGCAUCAGGUACAGGGGCCUGACUCGGGACCAGGUGAAGGCUAUCAACUUCCUGCCCGUGGACUAUGAGAUUGAGUAUGUGUGCCGGGGCGAGCGCGAGGUGGUGGGGCCCAAGGUCCGGAAGUGCCUGGCCAACGGCUCCUGGACGGACAUGGACACGCCCAGCAGAUGCGUCCGAAUCUGCUCCAAGUCCUAUUUGGCCCUGGAGAAUGGGAAGGUUUUCCUCACGGGUGGGGACCUCCCCGCUCUGGACGGAGCCCGGGUGGAUUUCCGAUGUGACCCUGACUUCCAUCUUGUGGGCAGCUCCAGGAGCAUCUGUAGUCAGGGCCAGUGGAGCACUCCCAAGCCGCAGUGCCAGGUGAAUCGAACGCCGCACUCAGAACGGCGCGCAGUGUACAUCGGGGCGCUGUUCCCCAUGAGCGGGGGCUGGCCCGGGGGCCAGGCCUGCCAGCCCGCGGUGGAGAUGGCGCUGGAGGACGUGAACAGCCGCAGGGACAUCCUGCCGGACUAUGAGCUCAAGCUCAUCCACCACGACAGCAAGUGUGACCCAGGCCAAGCCACCAAGUACCUGUACGAACUGCUGUACAACGACCCCAUCAAGAUCAUCCUUAUGCCCGGCUGCAGCUCCGUGUCCACGCUGGUGGCCGAGGCUGCCAGGAUGUGGAACCUCAUCGUGCUGUCCUAUGGCUCCAGCUCGCCGGCCCUGUCCAACCGGCAGCGUUUUCCCACAUUUUUUCGGACUCAUCCGUCGGCCACGCUGCACAACCCCACGCGCGUGAAGCUCUUUGAGAAGUGGGGUUGGAGGAGGAUCGCCACCAUCCAGCAGACCACGGAGGUCUUCACCUCGACUCUGGAUGACCUAGAGGAGCGAGUGAAGGAGGCUGGAAUCGAGAUCACUUUCCGCCAGAGCUUCUUCUCCGAUCCAGCUGUGCCGGUCAAAAACCUGAAGCGCCAGGAUGCCCGAAUCAUCGUGGGACUUUUCUAUGAGACCGAAGCCCGGAAAGUGUUUUGUGAGGUGUAUAAGGAGCGGCUCUUCGGGAAGAAGUACGUUUGGUUCCUCAUCGGGUGGUACGCUGACAACUGGUUCAAGAUCUACGACCCGUCCAUCAACUGCACAGUGGAUGAGAUGACCGAGGCCGUGGAAGGCCACAUCACCACCGAGAUCGUCAUGCUGAACCCUGCCAACACCCGCAGCAUCUCCAACAUGACGUCCCAGGAGUUUGUGGAGAAACUGACCAAGAGGCUCAAGAGACACCCCGAGGAGACUGGUGGCUUCCAGGAAGCGCCGCUGGCCUACGAUGCCAUCUGGGCCUUGGCGCUGGCCCUGAACAAGACGUCCGGUGGGGGUGGCCACUCCGGUGUGCGCCUGGAAGACUUCAAUUAUAACAACCAGACCAUUACUGACCAGAUCUACCGGGCGAUGAACUCCUCGUCCUUUGAGGGCGUCUCUGGUCACGUGGUGUUUGAUGCCAGCGGCUCCCGGAUGGCCUGGACGCUCAUUGAGCAGCUGCAGGGGGGCAGCUACAAGAAGAUCGGCUACUAUGACAGCACUAAGGACGAUCUUUCCUGGUCCAAAACGGACAAGUGGAUUGGAGGGGCCCCCCCGGCUGACCAGACCCUUGUCAUCAAGACAUUUCGCUUCAUGUCCCAGAAACUCUUCAUCUCGGUCUCUGUGCUGUCCAGCCUGGGCAUCGUCCUGGCUGUGGUGUGUCUUUCGUUUAAUAUCUACAACUCUCACGUCCGUUACAUCCAGAACUCCCAGCCCAACUUGAACAAUCUGACUGCUGUGGGCUGCUCCCUGGCGCUGGCGGCUGUCUUCCCCCUCGGGCUGGAUGGUUACCACAUCGGGAGAAGCCAGUUCCCCUUCGUCUGCCAGGCGCGCCUCUGGCUCCUGGGUCUGGGCUUUAGUCUGGGCUAUGGCUCCAUGUUCACUAAGAUCUGGUGGGUCCACACGGUCUUCACGAAGAAGGAGGAGAAGAAGGAGUGGAGGAAGACCCUGGAACCCUGGAAGCUGUACGCCACCGUGGGCCUGCUGGUGGGCAUGGACGUCCUCACUCUCGCCAUCUGGCAGAUCGUGGACCCCUUGCACCGCACCAUCGAGACUUUCGCCAAGGAGGAGCCAAAGGAAGACAUCGAUGUGUCCAUCCUGCCACAGCUGGAGCACUGCAGCUCCAGGAAGAUGAACACGUGGCUCGGCAUUUUCUACGGCUACAAGGGGCUGCUGCUGCUGCUCGGUAUCUUUCUUGCUUAUGAGACCAAGAGCGUGUCUACGGAGAAGAUCAAUGACCACCGGGCUGUGGGCAUGGCCAUCUACAACGUGGCGACACUGUUUUACAGCUCUGCCUGUGAGCACACGAAGCAGACAUUACUGUCCCCCUGCACAGGUGAGGAAGCAGAGUGGGGAAGUGAGAUGCCUUAUCUCCGGUUCCCUGGCUGGAAUCCGAGUCAGCUUCCGGCCAGAGUUCCCAGAUGCUCAGUGCUCAGGGACUCUGAAUGGGCCCGUGUCCUGUGCCUCAUCACUGCCCCGGUCACCAUGAUCCUGUCCAGCCAGCAGGAUGCAGCCUUCGCCUUCGCGUCCCUUGCCAUAGUGUUCUCCUCCUACAUCACUCUGGUCGUGCUCUUCGUGCCGAAGAUGCGCAGGCUGAUCACCCGGGGCGAGUGGCAGUCGGAGGCGCAGGACACCAUGAAGACAGGCUCAUCCACCAACAACAACGAGGAGGAGAAGUCCCGGCUGUUGGAGAAGGAGAACCGUGAGCUGGAGAAGAUCAUUGCUGAGAAAGAGGAGCGAGUCUCCGAGCUGCGCCAUCAGCUUCGGUCUCGUCAGCAGCUCCGCCCCCGGCGCCACCCCUCUACGCCCCCAGACCCCUCGGGGGGCCUGCCCAGGGGGCCCCAUGAGCCCCCUGACAGGCUCAGCUGUGACGGGAGCCGGGUUCAUUUGCUGUACAAGUGAGGGCCCCAGGGAUUGGGGAGGGCGGGUAGGAAGGCCUCCUCUGUGAGUCUGGGAUCGGCUGGGCCCCCAGGACUGCAGACCCGGCGCGUUCGCUCUCGCGCGCUCGCAGCGUUCUGACCGCCACGCUGUCCGCUUUGUGCCCGGCUGCAGCUUCCCCGCCCCGCCGCACCGCGCCCCUUCCCUCCCGCCAGUGCUGGCCGCAGCCUGGUCUCCGUCCACCGCCCACCCUUCACCGCUCUGCCAGCUUCGUCCCCCUGGAGUUUCCCGCCUCUGCCCUGUGCGUGCUCACACUUCCCAACACACACGCGCGUGUGCAUGUGUGCUCACAUGUGCCUCUCCCUCUGGCGCUCACGUGUGUGCCCUGUCCUCGCCUCCCUCCUGCGCUCGGGGCCCCUGCGCCCUUCGUGUGCUGAGCGGAGGCCUUCCCCACCAGCGCACAUCCGUGUUUCCCCGUCGUUCCCCCUGUGUGUGCUCAUGGAACCGGGCACCUUGCCUUUGCACCUUAAGACCAUUGUAUCCUCCUAGCAGAGCCCGAGGCGCGCACCCUACACGUCCUUAUGCACUCUCCGCAGCUCAAACCCUCACAUGCUUUCUGCUUGAACCCACACCCCCCUUUGUGCUCAUGUACACACUAUGUCCAUGCUCCCCGUCCUCCUUCCCAGGGCUGCUCCCUUUGGUUUUGUGUUUUUCUGGGGGGACUUGAGGGAGAAGAAAUGGGGGCAGGCUUGGGGAGCUGCUUCCAGUAGACAGUUGGUGAGAAUCCCAACCACAGGAAGGCUCCCCCAACCCCGAUGGCUGUCAGAGACAGAGGGAAUCACCGGGCAGGAGGGGGCAUCCCCUUCCUGCCAAGGCGUCUCUUGGGGAGGGAUCUCCCCAGUCUCAAUAAACCAGUGAACCGUGUGA